GAUAGUGCGUCCAGUAAAGAGAAACCUCAAAAAACGAGAAAGGCCACAGAUGUCGCUCGGAGAAGGUGUUCAAAGCGGUGAACAGGAAGUGACAGAAGUACCCGCACCAACGAAGUCAGAACCAGAGAAAGCGCCAGCAGAAGGGGCAACGGCACCACAAUCCGGAGGAGGAGCACCAGAAACGGCAAGUCCAACGAAGGAUAGCGGGGUUCAAAAUGCAAAAGAAGAAAAGGAGGAGACAAACGAGGGAGAAGCGAAACAACAAGAAGAAGCUAGGGAUGAAGACGAAGACGACGACGACGAAGAAGAAGAGGAAGAGGAAGAGGAAGAAGAGGAACAAGAAAAAGAAGGGGAAGGAGAGGUCGAUGCGAAAGAGAAUGAAGAGGAAGUGACAAUGAAAGAAGGAGCUGUUAACGGCACCACAGAGGGGAUCUCAGCAGGCAGUCAAGAGCAGCCAAGUUUACCUUCUGGCGCGGAGGGAGCAUCGAAUAUAACAAAUCCCAACAGCACACCAACAACUGGAGACGAUGACCCAGCAGCUGAUGGUGCAGAGACACGAGAAGAAAAACAAAAUGAAAAUAAAGAUGCCAAUCCGAAAGAAACACCAGUGACGGCGGCAGCCACGAAAAAUACAACGGCGACGACUGGCGACAGUGACGGCAGCACCGCGGUCUCCCACACCACCCCCCCUCUUUUGCUUCUUUUUGUUGUUGCGUGUGCGGCUGCGGCUGCGGUGGUGGUCGCGUGA